AGCUUCGAUGCGUUUGCAAUAAAUGUCUGGCUGUUCCCCUGGCCGCCAUUUUAGAUGACGAGAGGAGCGGGAGGUUUCGAGUGAGGGAAAAACCCUCGCGGUGGGGAAAGCGGCAGCAGCCGAGAAGAGGGCAGGGCUGGAGCACAUAACUACAUUUGCCAUGGUGGAGAUGUGGCUGAAAACAAGAGCAUGGGAUAUCAGUGCAUGAUCACGGAGCUCCACGCAGUUUGGUUGCUUAAAGCUGCUUCAAUGGACCAAGUUCACGGAGCUUGGAAGACUCUUCCGGAUGGAAUUGGAUUAAAGGAUUCUGUCUUCAAUGGAUCCAGCUGUAUUUCACCUACCAUUGUUGAACAAUUCGGUUAUCAGCGCAGAGCAUCUGAUGAUGGGAAACUUUUAGAUUCCUCCAAGACAAGUAAUACUAUUCGUGUUUUUUUGCCUAAUAAGCAACGCACAGUGGUAAAUGUGCGUAAUGGAAUGACUCUUCAUGACUGUCUUAUGAAAGCACUCAAAGUUAGAGGUCUGCAGCCAGAAUGCUGUGCUGUGUUUCGAUUGCUUAAUGAACACAAAGGUAAAAAAGCACGAUUGGAUUGGAAUACAGAUGCUGCAUCCUUGAUUGGAGAAGAAUUACAAGUUGACUUCCUUGAUCAUGUUCCACUCACAACACAUAACUUCGCACGGAAAACAUUUCUGAAGCUUGCUUACUGUGACAUCUGUCAGAAGUUUUUACUAAAUGGAUUCCGAUGUCAAACCUGCGGUUACAAAUUCCAUGAGCACUGCAGCACAAAAGUUCCAACUAUGUGUGUGGACUGGAGCAAUAUCCGGCAACUCUUAUUAUUUCCACAUUCAAAUGUUGGUGAUAGUGGUAUCUCUGCACCUCCUUUGAUGACUCGGCGAAUACGUGAAUCUGUGUCUCGGAUGCCCAUUAAUUCUCAGCAUAGAUAUUCUACACCUCAUGUCUUCACAUUCGGUGGAACCAAUCCUUCUCCUGAAUGUUCCCUUUCUCAAAGGCAGAGAUCCACCUCUACCCCAAAUGUCCACAUGGUCAGUACUACUAUGCCUGUGGAUAACCGGAUAAUUGAGAAUAACAGCCUGAAUGCUUCUCCCAGGUCCUGGUGCAGACGAUUCUGUUUAAGGGGAAGAGAUGCUAUACGUAGUCACAGUGAAUCUGCAUCACCACCAGCUAUGUCAGGAAGCCCCAACAAUACAAGUCCAACAGGAUGGUCACAGCCUAAAACACCAGUCCCAGCUCAAAGAGAGCGAGCUGCAGGAGCUAAUCCACAAGAAAAAAAAAUAAGACCACGUGGACAGAGGGAUUCAAGCUAUUAUUGGGAAAUAGAAGCAAGUGAAGUUAUGCUCUCAACCAGAGUUGGAUCAGGCUCAUUUGGAACAGUUUACAAGGGAAAAUGGCAUGGUGAUGUAGCAGUAAAGAUCCUAAAGGUUGUAGAUCCAACCCCAGAACAAUUUCAAGCCUUUAGAAAUGAAGUAGCUGUAUUAAGGAAAACUCGACAUGUUAAUAUUCUACUAUUUAUGGGCUACAUGACUAAAGAUAAUCUGGCCAUUGUCACACAGUGGUGUGAAGGAAGUAGCCUAUAUAACCACCUACAUGUUCAGGAGACCAAGUUUCCAAUGUUACAGCGUAUUGAUAUUGCAAGACAGACAGCACAAGGAAUGGACUAUUUGCAUGCAAAGAAUAUAAUACACAGAGACAUGAAGUCAAAUAAUAUAUUUCUUCAUGAAGACCGAACAGUGAAGAUAGGAGACUUUGGUUUGGCAACAGUCAAAUCCAGAUGGAGUGGUUCUCAACAGGUGGAACAGCCUACAGGAUCUGUUCUCUGGAUGGCACCAGAAGUAAUUCGAAUGCAAGAUAGCAAUCCAUUCAGCUUUCAAUCAGAUGUGUAUUCUUAUGGAAUAGUACUAUACGAAUUGAUGACAGGAGAGUUACCCUAUUCAAAUAUUAACAAUAGAGAUCAGAUCAUUUUCAUGGUUGGUCGUGGUUAUACAUCGCCUGAUCUCAGUAAACUAUACAAAAACUGUCCAAAAGCUAUGAAGAGGCUUGUAGCAGAUUGUGUGAAAAAAGUGAGGGAAGAAAGACCUCUUUUUCCACAAAUAUUGUCUUCCAUUGAACUGCUGCAACAUUCUUUACCCAAAAUUAACCGAAGUGCUUCAGAACCUUCUCUGCAUCGUGCAACUCAUACCCAGGACAUAAAUUCAUGCACAUUGACUUCAACAAAGUUACCUGUGUUCUAGGAGAUCCACGUGCUGUCUUCACAGUUCUCCCCAAUAACAGUUAUUUUAUAGCAGUUGUGUUUUGAAAGCUUCAAUCUACAGAAUUGAACAGCCAGCGUGGGAUUCACCUGGGUGCCAAUUUUAAAGAGUGAACUGCUAUGAAUUUCUGAUGUUCUAAGCCUACAGGAACAAAACUCCAUGUUGCCUUUUGCUACAGUUUAUCUUAUGGAAAUAGUGCACAGACUGUCUAAAAAGAAGUUCUAUUGCUAUUUUUUAUAGAUGCACUUGAGCCUUAUUUUUUCCCCAUAUGCAAAACAAAAAACAAAAAAAGGACAAAGGAAAAAAAGAGUAUUACUUUUCUGGUUUCAACUCUUGCAUUCUUUUGAACAAACUGUUAUUUUUUUGUAUAGCAACAGCAUUUGAGAAAAGACAAUGCAAAUGGUGCUGUUUUUCUUAUAUUUUAAGAACAUUCUGGCUUGGAGAAAUCAUAACUAAAAUGCCAAUUUGUAAAGAUGACUUAAGGGAAGGGGGAAAUGUAAGUUCAUGGAAGUGUCCCCGCCUGAGCAUUUGUCAUAAUCACUUAAUAUUGGUGGUUAAAGUUUCAUCACUACAAAUAAAUUUGCACAUAGGAGGAAAAAAAUCAUUUUAAGAUGAGAUGUAUAUUAUAAGUAGUACUCCUCAGAAGCUGGCACAAUCUUGCUACGAUCUUCAUAAGGUAACAUAAGAAACUUAUUGGGUACUUCAGACUUGUUUCUUGCAGCACCUGGAGGGUUCAUUAAGACAUGAUAGUUUUGUGGGAGAAAAAAGAAAUAAGCAAUGUCGGUAUAUUUCUGCAAACAAGCAGCCAUUAGACUGUUUGGGGGGGGG